AUGUCCAGCGCCGCCACCGCUCGCGCGUCACUCGCGCUGGCGCACUCUGUCGCGUCUCGCCGCCCUAGCCGCCGCACCUCACGAGCGCACACUCGCGCAUCCGCCGGUGCCGCCGUGGAGCAGCUGACGCUGAAGCCGAUGAAAAAGAUCGAGGGUACCGUUCGCUUGCCGGGCUCGAAGUCGUUGUCGAACCGCAUCUUACUCCUCGCCGCGCUCGCGGAGGGAACGACCAAGGUGGAAAACUUGUUGGACAGCGACGACAUUCGAUACAUGGUGGACGCGCUCAAGGUGCUCGGUUUGUCCUUCACCGAGGACAGAGCGAACAACAUCUUGGAAAUCACCGGGUGCGGGGGUAAGUUCCCGGUCGAGGGCGCGGAGCUGUUCCUCGGUAACGCCGGGACAGCGAUGAGACCGCUCACCGCCGCCGUAGCGGCUGCGGGCAAAGGGACUUUCAUCCUCGACGGCGUCGCUAGAAUGCGCGAGAGACCGAUCGCUGAUCUCGUCGACGGCUUAGUUCAGCUUGGUGUCAAAGCGGAGUGCACGAUGGGCACGGGGUGCCCACCGGUGAAGAUUGAGGCGGAUGGUUUGCCAGGUGGUCGCGUGGAGCUCAGUGGGUCCGUGAGCUCCCAGUACCUCACCGCACUCCUCAUGGCGGCGCCGCUGUGCCAAGGAUCGAUCGAAAUUGUCAUCGUCGAUGAGCUUAUCUCUAAGCCGUACGUUGAGAUGACCAUCACGCUCAUGGAACGCUUCGGCGUGAAGGUUGAGAAGUCUGCGGACCUCCAAAGCUUCAAGAUUCAAGGCGGACAAAAGUACGUCUCUCCGGGCUCUGCCUUCGUCGAGGGCGACGCGUCGUCAGCUUCCUACUUCCUCGCCGGUGCCACGAUCACUGGUGGUACCGUUACCGUCAUCGGUUGCGGCUCGGAAAGCAUCCAGGGCGACACUAACUUCGCGUACACAAUGGAACAAAUGGGCGCGACGCUCGAGUGGGGUCCGAAUUCGGUCAAGUGUACCGGUCCUCAGGGCCCGCUCAAGGCGAUCGAUGUCAACAUGAACGCCAUGCCCGACGCCGCUAUGACACUUGCCGUCGCGGCGCUGUUUGCCGACGGCGUUACGACCAUUCGGGACGUUGCGAGCUGGCGUGUGAAGGAGACGGAGCGUAUGAUUGCCAUUUGCACCGAGCUCCGCAAGCUCGGAUGCGAUGUCUUCGAGGGCUCGGAUUACUGCGUCAUCACCCCCCCGCACAAGCUCAACCCCCCGGCGAAGAUGAGGGCUAAUGUUGACAUCGAUACCUACGACGAUCAUCGCAUGGCCAUGGCUUUCGCGCUCGCCGCGUGCGGCGACGUCGACGUCAUCAUCAACGAUCCAACGUGCACAAAGAAAACCUUCCCGACCUACUUUGACGUCCUCAAAUCGGUCGUCCAAUGA